AGGAACUGUACCAUACCAUAUGAGAACUGAAAUUGUCAAUCCCGAAUUGUCUUGCCUUGUCUGCUUUGGUUUACUUCAAUUUUUCUUCAUUCUGGUAUUUUGUAGAAAGAGAUAUAAAAAAAUAUGCGGUUUUUACAGUUUAGUGAUGAAAAGUCAACGAGGAUUGGAGUCGAAAUUGUGGAGGAUGGUGACAUUGUGGACAUCAGUGAAGUGGAUUCAUCGAUUCCUAGCGAUAUGAAAUCGUUUAUUGAAGGAGGCGAAGACAUGCUUGCAGCUGCCAAACAAGCUGUUGCUAGUGGAAAUGGUGUAAUAAAGAGAGAUAGAACGAAGGUCAAGGCUCCAAUCAAGAAUCCAGAAAAAAUAAUCUGUUUAGGAAUGAAUUAUGCUGACCAUUGCUUUGAGCAAAAUAAACCCAUACCUGAAAGACCACUUCUAUUUUUCAAACUUCCUAAUUCUAUAAUUGGUCAGGGAGAUGAUAUUAUCUGUCCAGAUAUUGUUGAAGAGUUAGAUUACGAAGUAGAGUUGGCAAUUGUCGUUGGGAAAACGUGUCAUUGUAUAAAGGAGGAAGACGCUAUGGACUAUGUCUUUGGAUAUACAGUAGCACAUGACGUCAGCGCCAGGGACUGGCAAUUACGUAAAAAUAACGGUCAGUGGGGACUGGGGAAGACAUUUGAUACAUUUUGUCCUCUUGGACCUGUCAUCGUGCAAAAGAAUGGACUGUCAGAUCCACACAAGUUAGGAAUCAGAUGUCGUGUAAACAAGAUUACAGCACAGGAUUCCAAUACUGAACAAAUGGUCUUUAAAACAGCUGCGGCAGUUUCUUAUAUAUCACAAUUCAUGACGCUCAAAGCAGGAGACGUGAUACUAACCGGUACCCCUCCUGGUGUGGGCUGUUUUAAGACCCCCCCUGUUUUCCUUAAAGAUGGUGACGUAGUUGAAGUUGAAAUCGACGAAAUUGGUUGUCUAUCAAAUACAGUACGACAAUUUGAAAGAACAAACUAAAUCAAUGAUUUCACAUGCACAGACUGUAACCAGACACCUUUCUAUCUCUCAUAAUUUUUGAAUUUAUUGAAAUAUAAAAUAAAAUACGAAUGAAUUACAAA